GUAAAAAUUCUGAGGUUACUUAAAUGCGUCAUCCGGAGCUGCUUUUUUUAUACGAAGGAAAACAAAGGCCGAUAACAUUGGAUUUUGGUUGAGUGACGGUUGAUAUUGGCGCACGAUUUAUUAAUGUAGCUGUGUGCUGGGGCUGGAUAACAACAUAUAUUUCACACGGGGUAAUUUAGAUGGUCCAUCGGCACUCCCCAUGAUAUACCAUCAUUAAGUCUACUUUCAUACUUGCUAAGGAUGGCUAGUUGUGGGGAGAUAGACCACUCUGUUAGCUCACUUCCCCCCAGUAAAAAAGGUAGCAGCAACAACGGUGCUGCUGGAAGUGGAAACAGUGCGGAAUCAUCUGGCUCCAGCAACACAUCGCCAGCCCUUUCUGUACCAGAGUGCGCCAUUUGUCUGCAGAGCUGCGUUCACCCUGUGCAACUGCCGUGCCACCACGUCUUCUGUUUCCUCUGUGUGAAAGGAGCAUCCUGGCAAAGCAAGCGCUGUGCUCUCUGCAGACAGGAAGUGCCUGAUGACUUCCUGGAAAGGCCCACACUUCUCUCUCCAGAGGAGCUGAAAGCAUCAGCAGGGGGUCGGGGUGGGGCAGCGAGUGAUCAUGCCUGGUAUUACGAGGGCCGCAACGGUUGGUGGCAGUAUGACGUGCGAACCAGCCGAGAACUAGAGGACGCUUUCUCUAAGGGCAAGAAGACGGCAGAGAUGCUAAUUGCUGGGUUUUUGUAUGUAGCCGACUUGGAGAACAUGGUGCAAUACAGGCGCAAUGAACACGGACGUAGACGCAAGAUUAAGCGGGACAUUUUGGAUAUUCCCAAGAAGGGAGUAGCUGGACUGCGUUUGGACACUGAGGGUGUCACAGGGGCAAUCGGGGCAGCAGGUCGGGAAAACUCUGCAGAUGGAGCUGAUACCACAGGAACAGGUUUACAACAGCAGGCCACUGGCAUCCCAUCUAUUUCUACAGCCGCUCCGCCCACUACAAGACCUCCUACUUCCUUGGGUGGUCAGCGUGACAGCAGCAGUCCCUCUCUGGAGGAUGCUCUCUCACAACUACAAAUCAGCCACAGAGCAACUCCAUCUUCUGAACGGUCUAGGGCAGGUGAAGGAGAGGAAGAGGAGGAGGAGGAAGAGGAGGCUUCACCCUCCAGGUCUUCUGAUCCUCACACCUCUGUGGAUGAAUCUGGCUCUGGAGACUGGAGUGAUGAUGAGGAAGAGGAUAAUGAGGGCGAUGAGAGGGGAGGAGGAGAUGAAGAGCAUGUUGAGCCAUGGGAGGAUCAGCCACGGAGACAAAGACUGAACCCAGAGGACAGAGCCCUCCCAGGCGCCGAGUCCACCUCCCCCCCUUCGUCAUCUCGAAGUGGAAGGUCCAGAAUGCCUGAUGGUCAGUGUACAGUGACAGAAGUGUGAAGCUAUCAGAGAAAUUGUUCCUUCGUCAGUAACUGCCGUGUUCUGUUCCAUUAAUUUAUUAUAUCCUUUGUGCUCUCACUCGCUGUCACAGCUCACCAACUGCUUUUUUUGAGCAGCUCUGACAGUUGCAUGUAGAGUCAUUUGAUCACUCAAAUUAUAAGCUUAAAUACCAUCAGAUGUGUAAUGAAGACCUGUGACGUGAGGGAGAGCAUGAAUGGGUCAUUCACUCCCAUGAAUGGAACUGCGUCAUUGUCAUUCACAUGAACGGUUGCAUUCUAAUAAUCUUUAACUCUCUCAGCUAACAUGGCACACAUAGAUAUAGCCAACCAUAUGGCUCAUAUUCCCUAACUCCCAACCUACUGGAUUAGUUUGCUCACAUUUAACAAAUAAUGAAGCAGUUCUCUCACAUUUGUUAGCGCUAACAUAAUUCCACAUGUAAAAUCAUCUUGAGACAGGCUGUUUGCUCAGUGUCCCCAUUAGGAACCUAAUUCACAUGUAAUGUUUUACAACUUGGUCAAUCACCGUGUGGAGUGUACAAGAGGAGCUUGCUGCCCAAUGAAGUUGAAUCACAGUUAUCUGAUCUUUGAGCUGCAGGAAUUAUUAAAGGUAAUAGUUUUUUUAAUAUUAAAAAAUAACUCGUUAUACGUAACAUGAUAUAUUAAAAUAGUUUUAACUCUUUGAAAUAAUUGGAACAUUAAUGUGAAGUAUUGGUGUUGUCCUUUAAAAGUUGUCAAGGCCUUUGUUGGCUACAAGACAAGUGUUUUCAACUGGUGUUCAACUAAAAUGUAAGGCAAGUGCAUGUUUGAAGAGAGAGUUAUUUUACAGGUUGGCAAGAUGCAAUUGAUAUUUUGGGUUUAGUGUGGAUAAAUGUUAUGAUUUUCCUUUUGUUUGACAUUUGUUUUAAAUCUGAUAUUACCUGCGACAUGCAAGACCAUGACAUGUUUCCAGAUCGCAACGUUUUUUCAAGUCCUUUUAUUUUCUGUGCUUGGAUCAUCUCCUCAGACUUUCCAUUCUGAAAAAUAACAUUUUUGUAACAGUUUCCGCUUGGCAAUUUUUUACUUGGUUUGUAACUUAAUAAAUUGUCAUUUCAUCAUUCUAGAA